AUGAUGAAGCCUGCCCAGCCCGCCGGCCUCGUCGCCCCCGAGCCGUUCCAACUCCUUGAGAUCAACAUCAUAUCCGGCCAGGGCCUGCACCCCCAGACGAGGCCCAUGUCCACCUACGCCGUCGUUUGGAUACGUCCCGACCGCAAGCUUUGCACUCGGGUCGACUCCGACAACCACACCUCUCCUCAGUGGAACGACAAGUUCAUCUUCCGAGUCGACGAGUCGUUCCUCCGCAGCGAGACGUCCGCGAUCAUGGUGGAAAUCUACUGCAUUCGCUGGUUUCGCGACACCCUCAUCGGCACCGUCCGGGUCCUCGUCGAAAACUUGCUCCCACGCAAAGGCUACGGCGGCUCCAGCAUGAAGUUCACGGCGCUCCAGGUCCGGAGGCCGUCCGGUCGGCCUCAAGGGAUUCUCAACCUCGGCUCGGCUGUGCUCGAUGGGUCGAUCUGCAGCGUGCCCAUAUAUGCGAAGCUGGCCCCGGCGGUGGAUUACCGGGACCUUACCGGCGAAAAUUUUGGUCUGAUGAGGCGGACCAAGAGUGAGUUCCACUUGGAUGAGGCAGCGAACCGGAAUGAUUCCGAUUCGGAUGAGGAUGACGAACCUGAACCGAAGUUCAUGGGGAGGUCCUCGUCAUUCGGCGGGACCGAGACGGUGGACGAAUCGGAGGUGCAGUUCUACCCGGCCGAGGUGGGGAGCUCGGUGGAGAAGUGGAGCGUGCCGAGCAGCGGGGGGAAAGAGGAGCUGCGGCAAAAGCUGGAGAGGUGGAGGGCGGAGUUUCCGUCCGGCCACGACUUCCGGCGGGAGUCGCUGCAGGAGUUGAGCGCAUGCCGGACGCCGGUACUGGAAGAGAGCAGCGGCGGUGGCCGGAACGGGGGAGAGGGAGGGGGUCCGUUCUCGUGCUUUGCGAGAGGCUGCGAGUGCUCCAUCUCUUGUGGAGUGAAACCCGGGACGCGCUCCACCUGA